AUCUCGUGCUCUGAUCUGUUGGUUGACCGGAUGGAUCAACACUAUUGGACAAGUUUCUCUCGUAUGCUCCAUUGCGUUCGGUGGAGCAUCCAUGAUCGCGGCAUUUAUUCAAGUAGCGACCGAUGAUAGCAUUAUUUUGGAUUCUCGCCAAAUCUACGGAAUAUGCCUUGUCAUUUUGGUGGUGUACGGACUCAUUAGUGGCCUUGCCACAUCCAUUAUAGCGAGACUGCAAGUGUACUUUGCUACUGUCAACAUACUCUCCUCAAUUGCCAUUGUCAUUGCCCUGGUUGUGACCGCAUCAAACAAAGGCAACGUCGUGCCAGCCAAGACUGCAUUUUUUGAGUUCACAAACAACAUCAGCUGGCUCAACAGCCCCGGCUUUACAUUUCUCAUCUCGACAACAGGUCCACUCUGGUGUUUGACGGGAUACGACAGCGCGGCCCACAUUUCGGAAGAAAGUUCCAAUGCAUCAACUGCCGCUCCCAGAGCCAUCAUAUACGCCGUAUCUGCGAUGGGCGUACUGGGUUGGGCAACAAUGCUCGCAAUCUCUUUCGUUACGACGGACGUGACCAGUGUGGUUAACUCGACUUUGCCUUUGCCCAUGGCCCAAAUACUGUUGGACAACAUGGGAAAAAAGGGAAUGCUGGCCGCUUGGUUCUUUGUAACUUUGACACAGAUCGUUGGUGGUAUUCCUCAGUGCAUUGACGCAUCGCGAGCAGUAUACGCAUUCUCCCGAGAUGGCGCUCUUCCCCUGUCUCGCUACUGGCGCCGCCUGAAUCCGAAAACUCUCACACCGAUCCAUGCUGUGUGGUUUGUCGUCUUCAGCUCCGCCGUGUUGGGGCUUCUUGCCCUCGUUAACUUGACAGCGGUUGAAGCCAUCUUCAACUGUGCUGCACUGGCAUUGUACAUUUCGUACGCCAUUCCAAUUUUGAUGCGGAUAACAUACGGCCGAAAGACUUUCCAGCCGGGACCAUUCUCACUUGGAUCUUUCAGUGUUCCUAUUGGCACCGUUGCAUGCUGUUUUGUCCUUGUUCAGAUCCCUGUGCAGCUAUUCCCGCUAGGACCGGUUACAAACCCUCUGGACAUGAACUACGCUGUGGUCGUGCUAGGCACUAUUCUCAUUGGUUCCUUGGGCUGGUUUUUCCUGGGUGCCCGUAGAUGGUUUCAAGGUCCUCGUCUUACAAUCUUGGAAGGAUCUUCCACAGCAAUGGAAAUAAAUUGCGACAAUGAAAAGAUUAGAAAGGAGAUGGAGAAUGAAAUAACGUGGACUGCUGGGCAAGCCGUAUAA